UUGGUUAGGUCUGGUUUCAAUAUGGCGGCCAACGCGACUACCAACCCGUCUCAGCUCCUGCCGCUCGAGCUUGUGGACAAGUGUAUAGGAUCACGUAUUCACAUUGUGAUGAAGAGUGAUAAAGAAAUUGUUGGCACACUCUUAGGAUUUGAUGACUUUGUCAACAUGGUGUUAGAGGAUGUUACAGAGUUUGAAAUCACACCUGAAGGAAGAAGAAUCACAAAAUUAGAUCAGAUCUUGCUAAAUGGAAAUAACAUAACAAUGCUGGUUCCUGGAGGAGAAGGACCUGAAGUGUAAAUUGAUUAUUUGUCAUCUAUGAAGACUCUUGUUAUCUAUUCUGUUAUCUCAAUGGAGUACUUUUGGUUUUCAUUUUGUUUACAUUUAAAGUUGAUAUUUGAUAAAAGGUAAAAUUUCCUAUUCAGGGAAGAUGCAUUGCUGAUGCUGACUUUGUAAGUUAAAAUCAUGACUUUAUUGUAAAGACCGAUCUGCUGUUCAGAAUAAAACAAACAUUUUCUUUUUGUUAAA